GCAAUUUUAAUGAAUUUUUAAAACAUAUUGUUAUCAAGAUGCUUGCCACAACUUCUCAGCUUAUAUCAGAGCUUGCAUCAAUGGCUCAGCGUCUCUCCUUGCUGCGGCCGGCCGCCGGUGCCGAGUCCCGCGUCCAGGACACCUGCUCGGCAGUGCUGACCACAGCGCAGGAACUGGAACGCUGGAUGAAGGAGCGCCGGCAGUCGGGUGCCGAGGAGAGUGCGGCAGCGCUCCUGGCGGCCGCCCAGCAGAUGGUUACUGCGGCGCGACAGGCCAGGUUCGACGUUGACGACGCGGCGGCGGCGGCCGGCCGUCUGAGCGAGGCCGUCCGCCGUCUGUGCGAUGCCACGGCGGCCGUGCUGGCCUGGUGGGACGGCUUCAGCUCGGCUCAGGUGGCUGCCGCGCGCCGACAGGUGGGCGCCGCCCUCUCCGACCUGGGGCACGUCGGCAGCGUGCAGCGGCUCCAGCCGGCCGUCAAGGUGGCCGUCUCGGAGCUGCGCCGGUUCGUGGAGCUGUGCCAGCAGCUGGGCGGUGAGCUGCCCUGUGACCGCUCACGCCGGCUGCUGGCCGCUCAGCUGCGUCACAUCCUGCUCUGCGCGCAACUGCUGCCGGCCGCCGCCGUCUGCCGCUGUGUCCACCCACUCAACUCAUACGCGAAGAUGCCGCUGGAUCUGGCGGUGCGCGGCCUGACCGAGUCGGCAGCAGAGGCGGCCGACCUGCUCUGCACCCCUACCGACAGCCGCCGGCCCGGAGACUCCGCCGCCGCCGACGGCGGCUUCGUGCGCAGCACAGACGGCCUGCUGCGCCUGCUGGAGCGCUGUCCGCAGCCGGGGUUCGCCGCGCAGGCGCAGCCGCUGCUGGAGGAGUUCCUGGCGCACGCGCUGGCCGUGGGACAGUGUGCGGGGGGCAGUGAGGGCGAGCGGGUGAGCCGCGCCUGUCAGCAGGUGCUGGAGCAGUUCAGUGCCGCUGCCAGUCUGCAGGGAGUGACCGCCGAGCGCCGCGGCGAGUUUGUCCUCGCCUGUCAGCUGUUGGCCGACCAGCUGGAACUGGCCGAGCACCUAGUGAACAGUGCGCUGCUCCGGCUCAUCGUGGACACGUUUACCGAGCCGACCCAGCAGCUGGACGCGCUGGUGCGCGCGGCCAGCUGCGAGGCGCCCGACGGCCCGGACCUGGAGUGGGUCGUGGUCGGCCACGAUCUGGCCGCCGACCGGGUGUUCCAGGUGUGCGGACUGGCCACCGCCUGCUCCACGGACGCCGACAAGCUGACACUGAUCCGCGCCGGCCUGCUGAUGCUGGAAACCCUGGAGCCGGAGGUGUACCCGGCGGCGACGCUGCUGCGCGCGGCGCCCAACGACCCGGCGGCGCGCCAGCACCUGGCGGCCAUCCGCGACCGCUGGCGGCUCACGCUGAUGGAGGUGCGCGACUGUCUGGAUCAGAUCAUGGACCCGCUGGCCUUCUGCAAGGCGGUGGAGGCGGCGCAGACGGCGCUGGCCGCCCGGAUGAAGGACAUGCUGUACGACCAGGUCACGGACCCGCUGCUGGAGCUGGCCGGCAAGGUGAUCAGCUUGGGCCUGCGGCUGGGCCAGUUCAUGAUGGACCAGGUUCGCGGCUUCCCGCACAUCACAGAGGCCGUGCUGCUCGUCAAUAGAGCCGUGUCGCAGCUGCCGGGCAGUGUGCGCUCAGUGGCCGAGCGGCCGGCCGACCUGGGCGCCCACCGUCUCCUGCAGAAGGUGGUCCAGGUGGUGGUGACCUAUGUCCACCGGCUGCGGGUGCUGCUCGAAAGCCAGGACGACGAGCAGACGGCCGUGCUGGACGGACUGGGGGACGUCGGCGAGGGGGAGGCGGCGGGCGCGGCCUCCCAGACCCUGCUCAGUGACGUCAAUCAACUGCCGGUGGACGAAACACGUCCGCUCUGCAGCAGAGUCCGCAGCCGCCUGGCGGCCAGCAGCCGAACCUUCAACUCGGAGCGCAGUCGCCACGGCGCCACCGUCGCCAAUACGGAGCUCUCACUGGACAUCAGCAAAUACCUCAGCUUCCACUCACAGGGCUUCACGAUUGUCUACAUAUACCAUUCACUGGUAUCAGUGAAGUGCUACGACGUCAAGACGAGGAUUCCCAUGACGAGUGAUUCAACGCCGAUCGAUCAGUUCAGUGUAACGCCAACUCUCCACAACCUUGCCAACAAUGACAACUCAAAGUAGGAUCUCACACCACUGGUGGCGGCGCUCCAUGAAGGCGUUAAUAGCCAUCUCCACGAUCAUCAUGCUCUACAUGGCGUCUGGUCGGCUGGCUCGUGAGGCCUCCCCUUGGGCCUACCCGUCCUUCAGCGCCGACCACUGUUCCGACAACCUUCUGGGAAGGCGGCUGUUUGCCGGUUCGUGUCCUCAUGAGCCGAUCGACGCCGUCUACACCUGGGUCAACGGCUCGGACCCGGAGUUUCGGCGGCAGCUGUCGGAGACGUUGGUCCACCUGGGGCACCCGCCGGCCAACGAAUCGGUUAACGACAGCAGGUUUGCUGACAACGAAGAACUGCGAUACUCUCUUCGAUCUCUGGAGCAGCACGCGCCGUGGGUGCGACGCGUUUACCUGGUCACCAACGGACAGGUACCCGCCUGGCUGGACCUGGACAACCCACGCAUCACCGUCGUCACGCAUGAGGAGAUAUUCCCCAACAAGUCGCACCUGCCCACCUUCUCCAGUUCAGCGAUCGAGUCUCAUCUGCAUCGCAUCAAAGGCCUCUCAGAACACUUCCUCUUCUUCAACGACGACUUUUUCCUCGGCCAGCCAGUGGUCCUGGAGGAUUUCGUGUCUCCCAGAGGCGAGUACCUCACCUUCUUAUGGCCGUCGCGGGGAGGCGCCUUCAACCAGUCGUCCGCCCACUCAUGUAGCCUCACACACGUGGACCGUCUCUUCACGCAGCGUUACGGACCCGAGGAGCGCCGCGCCGCUGCACACGUACCGCUCCUCCUGAAGCGCUCGAUCGUCGCAGAGUUGCAGACGACGUUUGCAGCCGAGUACGAACAUACCUCCGCGGCGCACGUGCGCACCAACGACUACAUGCAAACGAGCUUCACGUAUUCCUACUUUCUGCGCUCAGAGCGGCAUCGGGUGUCGUCAGGCAGAUUGUUCGAGAUGUUUGACACAGACCGCUCCGGCACCUUGUCUGAGCGCGAGCUUCUCUCGGUGAUGAGUGGUCUUCUAGGACGCUCCUACUCCGUGCGUGAUGCCCGCCUGCUCUGGGACGAGUUGAGGAGGUGUGCCGCGGCUGGCGAUACGCCCACAGACAGCAGCGCCGAGCUGAACCGGUCAGCCGUGCUUGGCUGCACGACGGCCACCACUCGCCUGUCGCAGCGCAUUGGCGAGCGUCGGUACCGCACCCGCGACGGCGCGCGCAGUGCCUGGUUCUACCUGAAAGUACCGUCCCGGCCACAAGUCGUCAAGAGGCGUUUCACUGAAGUUCUAGCCAAUCCACGCCGAUUCAUAUGUUUAAACAACAACUUUUCUGACAGCACAGCGGGGCGGAUCAAGUUCGUGCGCGAUAUGCUGGGGCAACUGCUCGAGAGACUCUUUCCCUGGCCUUCCCAGUUCGAGCUGACGUCGAACCGACGGUAAUAUGUGUUACUAGCUGGUGCUGCUUGGCUGGUGUCAGAAAUAACUGUUUUUUAUGUUUGGUAUUGAUGUGAUCAAGACCCGUGCCCCCCCCCCCCCCAAUAUCAUUUUAAGGAGAAAAAUAUAUGCACGAAUUUGA